AUUAAUGAUUAUGAAAUGAGUCGUACUAUUCCAAACCAACAGGUUCUCGCGAAACUGGAACGAGUGCUUGGCGUCAAAUUACGCGGUAAAAAUAUUGGCGAACCUCUUCAUUCCAAGUGA